AUUUUGGGACCCUCGUGGGGUCUGAGACCCCCGUUGAGAACCUCGGAGUUAUCAUCACGGUGGCUAUUUGAACUGCACGGUGAACUAGUUAAAGUCCAAACAGAAAUAGCACAGGGGAAAGUGUACGUGCGUGUGCGCGUGCACGUGAGCAUCAGUCCUAAUACUAGCCGCCGUGAUCCUGACUGGUCCUGACUUCUCUGAGCUGAGCGGAUGGAGACACGCGGACACCGGCGUUACUGAGCACCGCAGAGAGGCAGCGAUGAACCGACCAGGCUUUGGUGCAGCUCCAGCAUCUGGGAACUUCACCAGCAGAAUACCACAGACUUCCAACAACAUCAACGGACGGUCACCCUCAGAACUCACAGACCUCGAUGUCGACUGUCUGCGAUUUGAACUCGCAAAGACGGAGGAGGAAAUUCAAACCUUGCGGAUGGUGCUUUUGGACAAAGAAAGAUAUGCCACCGACCUCAGGGGGCAGCUGGGAGUGGGUCCUCUGGGCAACAUCAAACAAAACAUGAGCAAAGGCUGGCAUGAAGUCCAAACAUCAGCCCCCUAUCUCUCAGCCUCCGCUACUUUGGACGACAUACGUCACUCCACUCUACAUGUGAGGACACGGGACAGCCUGUCUCACGCUGGUCAGGUGGCGUCUUCUGCCCUGUCCAGUGUGGGUGUGGCCAUCACCAGAAGGUUGGCAGAGAUGAGAGCUCUGCCUCUGCCCAGCCCACCACGCCAUUCCAUCAGUGUGCCGUCCAUGAGACACUCUUCAACUUUUAAGUCGUUUGAGGAGAUGGUCGGCAACGUGAAGGACAAAGUGUCUGGCGGUCUGACCAGCAACGGAGACACGUCUGUUUUUGAACGCACGUCUCACCGCAGCUCAUGAGAAAAUCCCAGUCUAAAGCAGACGACUUUGAUAUCGAGUAAAGUCGAGAAUGUUCCUCGUCUCCCCUGGAUGUGAACGUGUGUAGUUUUCCUACAAAGUGUUAGUGAAAACAUAGUAUAAUGUGAUCAGAGGUUAUUACUGUUAACUUUUAUAACUGACAAUUCAUCAGCUUUUCAAGUUUUUAGACAAGUACAUUUAACAGAAAUACUGUGAAUAAUAUUUACUUUAAAAAAAAAGUAAAUACUGAUAUGUCUAAUGUAAAUGCAGUUGUUUUGUAUUUUUACAAUGUGAUGUUUAGUUUCUGUAUUUAACAAUAAAUAUUUUUGUGAUGACUAGUUAUGUAAAAAAGUAAUACUUUUGAAUGUCAUUUAGUUUAUGGAUACCAUAUGGCCGUUAGAUGGUGCUAGAGUCGUGUAAUUAUAUGACUGUAGCUAUUUACUGUAUUAAAGAUGGAGCAAAUCCUCUCCCUGGCCUGCAGGUGGUGCUAGGUACAUAAUUACGUAUUCCCUGAAUUCCGUAUAAUUGUUUUAAUUCCAAACUUACAAAUAUAUAUACAUAAAUAUAUUAUAUUUUUAUAUAUAUUGUACUGCAUUUGAGCAUAAACUGCACGAAAGAACAGAAGAGUGACACACUGAUACUGCAAAAACACAAGUGAAAAGAAAUCCUCUUUAAAGCCUCCCAAAAAUGAUAAUUCGUAAGGAAAAGGUUUAUACAUCAACCUUCACAGCAGAUAAUAUAAUAAUAUGUUAUUAUAUAUACAAACAUUUUACCCUUGAAUUAAGAUUAUGCAUAAAAUCUUCACAACUAUCGCACAACAACAGACUCCAAAAUCCAAGGUUCCAUCACGGAGUUGGAAAUAAAAAAAGAAACCAAGGACGGACUGAGGCAGAUGUUACGUCAAUUCAACGUAAGAAGACUGCACCGAGGCAGAACAACGACAAAAAAAAAACAAAAACAUUAAAAUCAUUGGAUGUUACACACUGCUGGUUUUAAUUAAGUUUCUUCAUCAGUACUUCCAUCAAUAAUCCAACAAACUAAACAGACAAAAAUAACUAACCAAACUCCUGCCUCUAAAGUUAAACCUGACUGAGAACAUUCAGUUCAGAACUCUGACCUGUUUGAGUUACACAUUUAUUCAGACAUUGUUGACUUUGCUAACCAGUAACAGAUAGUAAAAGUCGUCAUGUUGGUAACAACACACCAAAACAACUUAAGUUAUCUUGGCAAAAAAAGGAAAAAACAUCAGCAACAAGUAGGAGUUAAGAAGCACGUGGAGAGAAAAAAAACACACGACCUGCUGGAAAUUUACUGUGAAAUGUGAGACGUUAUGAGCUGUUCAUGACACACGAGGGCCGCAACAACAUGUUGGCUCACAACCAGCAGGCUUCCCAGCAGGUCUUUACCUCAAGUUAUUUGAACCUUGACACAGUAACACAUUAUUCAUUUCAGGCACUAAAACUUUAUGAAAUUAAAUGUAUUAGCUGGACAACUGACCAGUUUGAACACAUAGAGCAUGUAGCUGCCUAGCUUCACAUUUUAUAUAAUAUAUAUAAUCGAACUAUGUCAGAUAUUGUUCACGAAAAUAACGACCUGUAUUGGUUUGUAUUGACAAAGUUUACCUGCUGUUGUUAAGAGUUUAACCUGAAAACAAACAUUUCUGAGCCGGCAGCAAAGCCUAAAUUAGAAAAUAAAUCUCUACAAUUUCCCCUAAAUGCGUUCAAACAACAUGUCACAACAAAAACGUUAGAUGGGCGAUGUAUU